CUUUCUUCUGUUUUACUACAUACGCUAUUCUCAUCGCUUGUCGGAGCCUGGCCUCCCUUUUCCGCUUUCUCAUUUAUUCUCACCGUUAAACCAAACCCUAGCAAUGGAUAGCUUACAAGCCACUUACAAAGACGAAGAAGAUGAAGAAGACGAGGUGCCACCACCCACCACCGGAACCACCGCAACCACCGCCCUUGCCACAGACUCCGAAUCGCCGGAAGCUCCUCCUGCCACCACCAGCACGCCCUCUGAUACCCCAACCGAGCACCCCAACGACGCGCGUUCGGAGCCCGACCCUUCUGACGAACUCUCAGACGACGAGGCCGCCUCCGACGGAUCCAAAAAGUCCCUGAAAUCCGGUCGCGAAGAAGGCGACGCUUCUGAGGAGGAGCCGCCGCCGAAGAAACAGAAGCAGCUCUCCUCUAUUACGGCGGAGGCGUCGAAGGAGGACUCGCCUGUGCCAGCGACGGCGGAUGGCGCCAACAAUGCGACUACUCCCGCAGCGAACGGCUCGGCGCCGAACGCCAAGAAAUCGAAGAAGAAGAACAACAACGUGUGGGCGACGAAGUCGACUCGGAAGGGGAAGAAGAAAAACAACCGCAACAACAAUAACAACGGCAACAACAAUAACCAUGCAAACGGCGAGGACAACGUGCUGAUUACGCCGGUGCCGCGGUUCCCCGACAAGAGCGAUGACACGGCGGAGAUGAGGAUUUGUCUGUCGAAGGUUUACAAAGCAGAGAAGGUUGAAUUGAGCGAGGACAGAAUGAGUGCGGGGAGCACCAAGGGUUACAGAAUGGUGAGGGCAACGCGCGGAGUCGUGGAAGGCGCGUGGUACUUCGAGAUUAGGGUUGUGAAGUUGGGGGGGACUGGGCACACGCGCCUUGGGUGGUCGACUGAGAAGGGUGACUUGCAGGCUCCGGUUGGGUACGAUGGGAACAGUUUUGGCUAUCGGGACAUUGAUGGGAGUAAGAUUCAUAAGGCGAGUAGGGAGAAGUAUGGAGAGGAAGGUUACAAGGAAGGGGAUGUUAUCGGUUUCUACAUCAAUUUGCCUGAUGGCAAAAAUUACGCCCCCAAUACACCUCAGUUGGUCUGGUAUAAAGGCCAGCGAUAUGUUUGCGCUCAAGAUGCUAAGGAAGAUCCACCCAAAGUGGUGCCUGGAAGCGAGAUAUCAUUCUUUAAAAAUGGCAUAUGCCAAGGUGUAGCUUUCAAGGAUCUUCACGGUGGUCGUUACUAUCCUGCCGCAUCAAUGUUUACUCUACCCAAUGAACCAAACUGCACGGUUAAGUUCAACUUUGGUCCUGACUUUGAAUGUUUUCCUGAGGAUUUCAUUGAACGACCAAUUCCUAGGCCAAUGAUCGAAGUUCCUUAUCACGGUUUUGACAAUCGAGUUGAAAAUGGAGAAUCUAAUGAGAAGAAGCCCCAGAAAGAGUGAUGCGUGUUGCAUUUAUUGCUAAUUAUAAAAUCUGAUUCAUUAAUGAUUAGAUUGGUGGUGUAAACAUCUGAGAGAAAUUGGCCGCGUGAUGUACAUAAAAUUUGUAUGUGUUCCUGUAGACAUUCUGUAGUUUCUUA